AAUGGAACUUCCUAAAACCCUGACUGGAUAUUCAAUUUCAGGUGAUUUUACACUUAUUCAAGAACUCGGAGGCGGAGCUAGUGGAAUGGUGUUUCUAGCAAUGGCUUCGUCGCCUCAUUCGGACGAGUGCGAUGAGCCAAUGCAGCAACUCGUCACGAUCAAACUGCUGAAGCCCGACAUACUCGAUAAAAGCAACAUCGAUAUGUUCCAGAGAGAAGCCGAGAUUAUGCAUGCACUCGAUCACCAACAUGUUGCCAAGUUUUACGAGUAUAAUCGCGAAAUGGAGCUCACGCUUCCGAAUGGAACUGUAGCGCCAGCCGUCGCCAUUGUGCAAGAGUACUGUGACAGCGGUGACUUGUUCGAGUUCAUUUCAUUUACAGGUAUGUUUCACGAGAACCUGGCCAGGUAUUUCUUCAAACAGCUCUGAAACGCCAUCCUACACUUGCAAGCAAUGGGGUUUAGCCACCGAGACCUCAAGUGCGAAAAUCUUAUGCUGAACUCUGAAUUCGAACUCAAGAUCAUUGACUUUGGGUUCAGCGCCAUCUUCAACAAGUCAUCCACCCAGCUCGGGACCGACUGAUACCUGGCUCCUGAGAUCAGAGCCGGAGGGGAGUACACCGGCUCUGCAGUCGACAUCUUCAACAUCGGAGUGAUCUUGUUCGUAAUGGUGACACAGAAGAACCCGUUCUUCAAGGCAGAGCGCUCCGACCCGUACUACAAGGCCAUUGUGUACCAGCAAGCUGCUAACUUUUGGAGCGAACAUGCAAAAGAAAGCCCUGAUGCAAUUGCUGAGUUGAGCGAGCCACUGAAAGACUUGGUGUUUUUGUUGUUGCAAGAAGACCCUGUGAAGCGUCUAUCCAUUUCAGAAAUCAUGCAGCACGAAUGGAUGGCAGGGCCCACUCCAACCCAAGACGAAAUCAAAGACGAGUUCACCAAGCGGUACAACAACUAUUCGCAAGAUGAAAUGAUUUCGAAUAUUUCGACCCAAGAAGAUUACGACAUCAGUCCUGAUGACUUGGACGCCAACAACUACCACAGAGGCCUCGGCAGCGAAGAUGAUGAUGACACGCAUCUGGUGGUGAGAGAGGCCAAGCCGUACAGCCAUCAGACCAGGAAAUUGUCACAGUUCUUUUCGAAGUCGGACGUCGAGGUGCUCUUUAGAAACUUGACGCACUUCGUUGACGGAGUGGCUUCCAAGCACAAGUUUUCGAAGUCAUGUUACGGAGUCAACUUUGAAACCAUCAACGAUGAUUCGGUGCAAGUGGACGUGACCGUGAACAUUCUGAAGGUGCCAGAUGAAGAGAUGCACUGAGUUCAGAUGAUUAGGAACGAUGGAAACUCUAUAGCAUUCGGAGACAUAUAUAGAAAGAUGAAAGAUCUAUUCGCUGGCCAUGCAGAUACCAUCUACGAACCAUCCUCCUAGUCAAGGGUAAUUAUGGUUAAUUCAUUCAAAACCUUUGUUAUCCAUUUUAUGC